UGGCAGAGGUUAUUUCUUGUAUAGCAAAUUUUGUUAUAGUCAUGUUUUUUCGUCGAAAGUUCCAGUGCUGCUUAUAAAUAAGUUUUUACAGACUAAAUUAGACGAAAUCCGUUUGCCAGAAAAUUAUCUAUUGGCACAUCUACGAUAACAACGAAAAAAUAAUAAAAAAUGUAUUAAAGUGACAUUCGCGACUAACUUCGCGAUAGUGUAGUCGCCUGUAACAAAAAAGAUGUCAGGUUGUGUGUGCUUUUCUCAGUAAAACGGUGUGACAAAUUUUUCGUAGUGUUUUCGAUGAAUUGGACACGUAAAAAUAAUCCACAGUAGCCUAGAAUUGAUUCCAGUAUUAAUCGUGAAAAAUAUACGGCCAGGGUGUGAUAUGACAGUGCUGACGAACAAUUAUAAACUUUAAAAUGGGUUGGUUGUACAUUGUAGGUACUCAGUGAUCUAGAAAAGCUUAGCAGCCAUGGAUAGCUUACAAGUUGCCGCUACUCAAGCGGCAGCUAGUAGCAAAACGUCCAGUCGCAGCACGUCUCCAUGCCGUCAUAAAGCUGACCACACCCCCAGCGCAGAAAGAGAAAAAGGCUACCAUCCCCAUCACGUCAAAACACUAAGUCAUGGGUCAGCUGACAGUGCAAAGAGUCAGGAAGGCGGAGCCUCACACAUACGCCCAUCACGUCACAAAAGUCCUACCCAACUGACCCGAAACCACGCCCACGAGCACGGACACGCCCCCGAGGGCGUGGCUAUGGACGAUUCGAUUGCGCAUAUAAUGAACGCGUCGCUGCAGGAUCUGGAGAUGUCGCAAACUUAUCCGUCGUCGUACAUUUCGAACGGCAGUGGCGAAGCGAAGGAUGAUGAGGCCGAUUGUAUCCCCUUGGACUCCAAGACGAACACCAUUUUGGAACAUUUAGGCAACAAAAUUGUCAGAGUGCGAGAUUUAAUUAGGACGGAACAAAAAUUAAGAGACGAUAACGUAAAUGAGUAUUUAAAGUUAGCCGCCAACGCUGACAAACAACAAGUGCAAAGAAUCAAAGCUGUGUUCGAAAAGAAGAAUCAAAAGAGUGCGCAGAUUAUCGCGCAGUUACAAAAGAAACUAGACUCCUACCAAAAAAGGGUUCACGAGUUGGAGAAACACGGUAUUCAAAGUCACAGGCCGCCUAGAGAGGUACUGAGAGAUAUGGGACAAGGUUUAAAAAAUGUUGGUGGUAAUAUUAGAGACGGCAUCACUGGAUUUAGUGGGUCAGUCAUGUCCAAACCUAGAGAGUUCGCCCAUUUGAUCAAGAACAAAUUUGGCAGUGCGGACAACAUCAGUCAACUCUCAACUUGGUACGUAGGGCCCGCCCAGUCGAUUAACCAGACCACCGGUUCGGAAGGCAGUUGCGCAGGACCCGGUCACGAGGGAGGACCAGGCGAGGGAGGCGGGGCCAACCACAAGGGCGCGACCAAACACGGCAGCGCUACAUUACCCAUGACCGCGUCGCAGAGCAGCAUGCAAGGCGGAGGGGCGGUACAGAAAAGGUUUCCUAGCGACGAUGGUUCCGAGUGUGAAAGUAGUGUAACUAGUGAUAGUAUAGGAAGGUAUGAACAUGCCCAAGAGUUAAGCCAACAGGAUUAUUUUAUUGAGCUGAACAAGAAACUUAAGAUUUUACAAGAUCAAAUCGAUCCCUUGAAAGAGAAUGCGGAGAGUGCGAAGUUGCUUCAGGCCGAAGUUCAGUAUCUUCACAGUGCAUUGCAAGAUGAGAGAUUUAAGGCUGAAAGGCUUGAAGAACAGAUCAAUGACCUGACAGAAUUACAUCAAAACGAGGUAGAAAAUUUAAAGCAGGCCAUGGCGGAUAUGGAGGAAAAGGUUCAGUAUCAAAGUGAAGAAAGGUUAAGGGAUAUUCACGAAAUGCUUGAACAGUGCCAGACAAAGAUUCAAAAAAUGGAACACCAAGCCUUACAACAGCAACAGUACGUCAUGUUGGAGGGUUUGGACAAUUCAAAUGCGCGCGCUUUAGUUGUGAAACUGAUCAACGUCCUUUUGACAGUAUUGCAAGUUGUUUUGUUGCUAGUGGCAACGUGUGCCGGUAUUAUUAUGCCCUUUUUGCGUACCAGAGUAAGAAUAAUUACCACCGUUGUUUUCGUCAUAGCCAUAGUGUUCACCCUAAAGCAGUGGCCGGAAGUGCGUGAUAUAGGCGGUCAUAUGAUGAAACGACUCAAAGACACUCUAGCACCGGUCGAAUAGCGUUGGCCCCGCCUUAUUUUGCCAACCGGAGCUCUGGGAAUAGCAUACGCCCUUCCCGCCACGCCCUAGCGACAAGCCUCGCCCACCUGUACGCCUGUUUAAUGGAUAAGGGGCGUGGUUAAAGUUUCUGCCAGUGUAGGCGUGGCGUAGGAUUAUUUAGGAACAUACUGAGUUAUAAUGUUAAGUCAGUGGCGGCUACUAGUAAAUAAUUUUUCGUUAUUUGUUGGGUUAGUUUUAAUUGAUUCUUGUGCAAAUGUGAUGUAGAACGUAGAUUCCCGAUUAUUUUACUGUGUAACAUGAUUUAAGUAGGUUUUACAGUCCGUGCUCAAUUGUUUUCUAAUAUUUUUUUUUAAAGAAAGACCAAAAAUAUUUAAUUAUUUAUAUAGGGUGAUUCACGGCGAUGGCACGUUAGACGUGUAUGGAGAACAGGUGAUUUUUACAUA